AUGGCAGACAAAGAAGACAAAGCAAACGGCGGCGGCUACGUAAUCGUCCCUCGCUUCCCCGCCACAGACCCCCAAAAAGUCUUCCACUACACUGAUCUCCAGCGCUCCAAGCCAACACGCGCUCACGAUCCCUAUGAGUACCUACAAGGCUGGGGCAACCGCCAUCAGUCUGAAGUCAUCCCCGGCACGCUCCCAGCUGGACAGAAUAAUCCGCAGGAAAAUAGGUUCGGGCUGUACACGGAGGGCAUCACGUAUUCCGCGUUUGCGGCGCCUAGACAUGCAAAUUUUAGCACGUAUAUGUAUAGGGUGAGACCGGCGGCUGCGCAUAGCGGCUACACACCCCUCCCCUCCCCAAAUAUAGAAAACUGCUUCCUCUCUAUCAACCCCAAAGUCGCCUUGCUGCCUCAACAAGCAGAAUGGACGCCGUUCCCCAUCCCGCCCGCCUCGCAACCUACAGACUUCAUAACUGGUCUCCACACGCUCGCCGGCAGCGGGGACCCGAAUAUCCGCGAGGGCAUCGCGCUGUACGUCUACACGCUCAACAGCUCCAUGACCCCCCACCACAAGUCCUACUGCAACAACGACGGUGACUUCCUCCUAUGCGCUCAGCAGGGGAAUCUGGACAUUCGGACCGAAUUCGGGAAGCUCUUCCUCCAACCGGGCGAGAUCUUUGUGGUGCAGAGAGGAGUCAGGUUUAGUGUUGAUCUUGCCGAGGGGGAGAAGGAGGCGAGGGGUUAUGUCACGGAGGUGUGGGGCAGCAUGUGGGAAUUACCCGAUCUGGGACCGAUUGGGGGUCAUGGACUGGCGAAUCCGAGGGAUUUUCUGUUUCCGGUUGCGGCGAUUGAUGAGGAGUUGCAGGUUGACUGGAAAGUUGUGUGUAAGAUAAAUGGCACUUACCACCAAAUCAGCCAAGACCACAGCCCCUACGACCUAGUAGCCUGGCACGGGAACGUCAUCCCUUACAAAUACGACCUCACCAAAUUCUCCUCCCAAAACAGCACGUCCAUCGACCACACCGACCCCUCAAUCAACACCGUGCUGACCGCCAAGUCGCGGGACCCCAACACACCUCUCGCUGACUUCCUGUGGUUUGGACCCCGCUGGGACGUAGCAUCCAACACCUUCCGCCUGCCCUACUUCCACCGCAACAGCGCGUCCGAAUUCCUCGCCUCGCUCUACGGCAACGGUCUCGGGCGCAGCGACGAAUUCAAGCCCGGCGGCGGCUCCUUCGAAGGCGGACACACGCCGCAUGGCGGCUUCAGCGACGGCUAUGUGAACGAGAUGCGCAUCCAGGAGAUGGGAUGUCGGCGGAUCCUUGAAGAGCAAAUGACCAUCAUGGUGGAGUCCAGCCGUACUUUCCUGUGGACCGAAUACGCGCGCGGCGGGUGCGGCACCUUGCACUCGCAGGGCACGGACCCGAGGGCGUGGGACAAGUUGCCUGAUAGAUUCAGCGCGUAUCCUGGGAUCAAGGAUUUGCUCGAGCGGGUUCGGGAGGAUAAGGAGGCGGCGAGGAAGAGGGUGGAGUUUUAUCAUGAUCCGAGGAUUGGAAGAUUCGAGCAAUGA